AUGUUGCGCUUCACCCGCCCUCUGCGCCACCUCCUCAAGACCACCACCGGUAUCCAUGGUCUCCCAGUUCAUCCCAAUCCUCUCCCAGAGCUCCUCAAAACAUACGAGUCAACACUCUCUGCACUGUCAUCCAUCCCGCAAACAUCCGUUUACCGACAAGGCGUCGAGGCUCUCGUUCGGCACAAAAUCAACAUCGUGAAAGGAGCGAAUGGAGACAUUGCCGCAGCGGAAAAACAGCUAAACGAGGGCCAAAUCGAGGAAUCACUGGACAUUGCUGCAGACGAGCUGUCUCUAGCUGCGAAGAUUGUAGAAUGGAAGGCUUGGGAACCUUUGGAAGAGAAACCGGAGCCAGGUCAAUGGGAGUAUACAGGACAGACCACCUCCGCUUCAUCAUGA